CCCUUUCUCUGCUGACUCUGUCCUACUUUAUAUGAUGAUCAGCCGCAGCGCCCCCUGGGGUAUGGGAAAAUGUCCUACCCUGUCACUGCUGUCAUGGCAUAAAAACCUCAGCAUAAUCCUUAUAUACAGAGAGGAGGGGAGACGGCGGGCACAUAUCCGUGACACUUUAUCUCUGAAUACAUAGAAAAAGGGCGUAGACACCGAAACACAGGUAUAAGGGCGCACAAAGUGCCCAGAGGCAGAAAGGGCGCACACCUGGAACGAUGUGGGCUGGUCAGGAUUACCACACACUUCGUACUCUCUGCUUGGAGAAGGGACAACUUUUUGAGGACCCCAAGUUUCCCCAGGAUGUUUCUGACCCUAAGAUUGAGUGGAAAAGACCCCCUGAUUUCUGCUCCAAUCCCAAAUUCAUUGAGAGUGGAUCCAGCAGCACCGAUGUUUGUCAAGGAGAGCUAGGUGACUGCUGGCUACUGUCCACCCUCUCGUCUCUCACACUCCACCCCUCUCUCUUCUCACGAGUGGUCCCGGCCAAUCAGAGCUUCUGCCCCAGUGAUGGUUACUGUGGAAUCUUCCACUUUAAGUUGUGGCAGUUUGGUGAAUGGUUCGAUGUGGUGAUUGACGACAAACUCCCAACCAGGAACGGGCGACUUGUGUACACGAGGAGCGAUACUCAGGUGGAGCUAUGGAGUGCGCUGCUGGAGAAAGCCUACGCCAAGGUGUGUGGAGGAUAUUCUGCCCUGCAGGGUGGGACCAUCCCAGAGACGUUGGAAGAUUUCACCGGGGGGAUCGCGGAGAGUGUGAGUCUCAGCAGAUACACCUCAGAGGAGAUCUGGGAGAUGGUCCUUGAUGCUGAGAACAAGAAAUCCCUCAUGGCAUGCUACAUCCAGGUUUCGGAUCCCGCUGAUGUUGGACGUGUGGAUGAGGAAGGCUUAGUGUUGGGACAUGCAUACUCAGUUUUAGGAGCCAAGGAGGUGUUGCUUGACUCCGAGGAGGUGACACUCAUCAGGCUGAGGAAUCCUUGGGGCUUCACUGAGUAUAAGGGCCCCUGGAGUGACAAAUCCUCGGAGUGGACGUCGGUGUCAGAUGUGGAGCGGAAAGCAUUGAACAUCCAGAAAGAAGACGGCGAGUUCUGGAUGCUCUGUGAGGAUUUCUGCAGCUUCUUUUCGUGGAUUGUCAUUUGCACCACAAGCGUGGAAUCACCUCAGCGUCAUGUGACUGUCCUGCAGGGCCGCUGGGAAAGUGGGGUCAGUGCAGGAGGAGGACGAAGGCUUAAAUCGUUCUUUACCAACUCACAAUUCCGUCUCCGCGUGGGCGGUGCUUCUGAUCAAGAGGUGGAGUCUGCCACUGAGCCGGGGACUGAGGAGCGCUGGACAGUGUUACUGGAGCUGCUGCAGACGGACAGAAAAACCACAAAACUCCACAUUGCAUGUCACAUGUACAAGGUUCCUGAAAUGCUGGUUUCUCGUCCACGUCUUGAUCGCGGAUUCUUCACAAGGAGCCGCCCAGUGUGUGACACAGGUGACCCACAAAACAGCCGCGGUGUGACAAUGAGGGCAUCUCUGACCCCGGGAGAAUACGUUAUUGUGCCGUCCACAUAUGACGCAAACCAGGAGGGAAACUUUUAUAUCAGAGUAUAUUGUGAGAAAGGAACUGACAACAGGAUUUACUGAAACCUGACAAUAAGAGAGACCACACAAAUCUUCUAAAUAUUUAUAUUCUGGUCAUAAAUAUUCUGGAGAUGCACCUUCACCGCAGGGGGAGACCAAGACAACAUGAUCCAGAGCUCCUGUGCCCCAGGUGGAGGAGACAUGACACAUACACAGAAUGAUGUCACAUUGUAAAUCUAUCAAUCCUGACUAUUGUCUUUUGCUGUCAGUACAGUAAAAUUAAAAGUUUUUAAAAACUGAUUGUCAUUGAGAUUUCUGUGUGACUUAUCUGCAAUAUCUCUUACCUGCAUAUAUACCAUUUGUGUCUUUAAUGGAUAAAUCCUAUAUAAUGAGGGUUCAUUACCUGAGUAAAACAUUCAGUUCACCGCCAUAGACUUGUAUCUACAUACCCUGACCAGAGUGGCUUGUUAUUAACAGUACCCUUACCUGGCACAGGGCAACUGGAAAUGUUCUGAAACAGAUACCCAACUCCCUUACCCCAAAUAUUACAAACCUGUCACUGAUCAAAUACAUCAUAAAUGACCUUACACUGCUGAGCCACUGUGUACAUACAUUACAUUACUUAUCCUGUACUGAUUCUGAGUUAUAUCCUGUA